AUGGAAGAUGCUUUGGAUGAGUUAAUCAAGGAUUGUGCUCAGCAGUUAUUUGAAUUAACAGAUGAUGAAGAAAAUGAAAAACUGGCAUAUGUGACAUAUCAAGAUAUUCAUAGCAUUCAAGCGUUUCAUGAACAGAUUGUUAUUGCAGUUAAAGCUCCAGAGGAAACCAGGUUGGAUGUUCCAGCUCCCAAAGAAGACUCUAUCACGGUACACAUAAGGAGCACCAGAGGACCCAUUGAUGUGUAUUUGUGUGAAGUAGAGCAGAACCAUUCAAAUGGCAAAACAUCAGACAGGGUAGGGACCUCUUCAUCUAAAAGCAAGCAUCCAGAACACCCAGAGAAAGGAGAAAAAUCCUCCUCAGCAAAGUGAAGAUGUGCUUGAAGU